AUGAUUUGCGUAAACUUCUUAAUAAAUUUCAUUUUUUUGAAAUUUAUUUUGGCAACAUCUCAAAUUAAUCUUUAUUAUACUGAUUGGUUUAGUAUUAAUGAAAGUAUCAAUGUAUUACAACACGAUUGUUUUCGUGUUCCUGCUUAUAUCAAUGAAGAUGAUCGAAUCAAUCGAGAAUUAAUAACAUAUUGUAUGAGUGAAUCGCUAACAAAAUAUCAUAUUGAAGUGAAUGAUCAGUUUCAAAAAUUUAAUUUCGCUGAACUUGCCAAACGGAACAUAACUAGUUAUCAAUUAUAUAUAUGGUCAGCACCAAUUGAUAUUACAGAACGUUAUCAGCUCUAUUUAAAUCAAAUAUCAGCAUCAAAUACAAGCAAUUAUUCUUCGAAUAAAGAUUAUUUUUAUAAUUGUACAUUUCCAAGAUUUGGUUUAUCAUGUCAGUAUCAAAUAAAUAUUUUUAAUGAAAAUUAUACAUCUUUAUAUAAUAUGAUUAUUAACUAUUAUGAAAGCAAGUCGACUUUGACUAAUAUCAUUUGUUAUACUCAUUUAGAAUGUAAUCGUGGUCCAUAUCCAGCUUGUUUAGAUUGGAAAGAAAUUUGUGAUGGUCAAAUUGAUUGUAUUGAUAAUAAAAUCGAUGAAGAACAUUGUUUAGAUAUUGAAAUAGAUGUAUGCAGUGAUAAUGAAUUUCGAUGUACAAAUGGUCAAUGUAUACCAAUAUCGUUUCUUAAUGAUGAUGGUGAUAUUUCAGAUUGUGCUGAUCGAUCGGACGAGUUUAUGAAAGAAAUGAAAGUAGCAAUACAUUUUCAGAAGAAACCACCAUUAUUUCAAAAUGAAGAGCAGAAAUCUUUAUCGGUACCUCUUGGAAAUGUUGACUUACCUAGACGUUUUAGUCUUCUAUUUACAGCGAUAUCUUUGGUCAAAGAUAAUUCUACAUCGAAUCAAUGUUGGUCAGCGUUAAGAUCGACAAUUGUAGAGCUAGGAUUUGAAAUACUAUUUUUUAAUAAAACAUGCAUGGAACAAGAAUGCUAUGAAAUCAUUGACAAGACGUGUCCAGAUAUGUUUUUCUUUCCGGAUGCUCCACUUUUUUUCCAUGAUAUUCGUUUGGCAUUUAAAAAGACUGACAUUGUAUCUCAGAAAAUGCAAUAUUUUAGAUCAGCUUAUAUAUGUUAUAACAGCUCUUAUUAUGGUAACUAUUCUCCUCUUGGUAACAAGUUUCUUUUCAAAAAUGCAACUUGCUAUUAUCCUGGCUAUACGUUUCGUUUACUGCCUCCACCUCUGACAUUGGAAGACUUUUAUCUACAACCCUUAUAUAUACUAAUCGGUACGAUGAAAGUGCACUAUCUUAUUUAUAAUUAUACGAAUGAAAUUUGUAAUCGAUCGAAUAUGUAUCAAUGCAUUAAUUCUUUGAAAUGUAUCUCAAUGGAUCGUCUGCUUGAUACAAUAAUAGAUUGUCCAAAAGAAGAUGACGAAAAUAUAACGCAUAUUAUUGACUCUGGUUGGACAAAUAAGUAUAAAAAUCUUUUCAAAUGCGAAAUAAAUAAUGUCUAUAUUCAUCAGUUACUUGUUAAAGAUGGACAUUGUGAAUGUUCAGUCUACGAUACAGCGAGUUGGUGUGAAGAUGAGAAUGAAGAUUAUGCUAUAAUUCGAAAGAAACUUUUGUUUCAAACUGUUUGUAAUGGACUAAAUGAUUUAAUUCCAAUAAAUAUUGAUGGGCAAAAUAGAACUGAUGAAACAGAAUGUGAACGAUGGCCAUGUAACAAUAUUUAUACUCGUUGUGAUAAAAUUUGGCAAUGUUCAAAAGGUGAAGAUGAAAUCGGUUGUUAUUCGUUUUCAACACUGAAUUGUUCAUUGAAUCAUCACUUAUGUGUUUCAUUCAACACCAAUCAAUUCGAAUGUUUACCGUUCGAAAAAGCAAAUGACAACAAUAUCGAUUGUGUUGGUGGCACUGACGAACCAACAAUUUGUCAAAAACAGGUUUUUGCUCAUGGAACUAAUUAUGACAUAUUUGCAUGCAAAAAUUCGAGUUCAAAUGUAUGUUUUUCAUCAUCCAGUCUAUGUGAUAGUUACUUCGAUUGUCAAUACGGAGAUGACGAAUUAUUUUGCACCACCGGUGAAGAUAUCUCUCUUAACCGUGCUCUUUGUAGGAUAGAAGACAGGACUAGACUUUCUCAAGUCGAGCAAUUUUUAUGCGAAACAUUCAUCGUGAAACAGAAACCAGUACUUAAAUACUUUUCAUUACAUGGAUCAACUGAAUCUAACUCACAUAUUCAAACAGAUAAUGUAGCAACAUUAUUAAGUAACCAUAGAGUUCAAGAUAACUCCUUGCGGAUGAUACAAGAAAAUCUAUGUAAUCGUGGUAUUCAAUUAAUUGUUUGGUUAGAUGAGAAAAAAAAUUUAUCAAGAACGACUUGCAUAUGUCCACCUAGUUAUUACGGUGAUCAUUGUCAAUAUCAAAAUCAACGAGUCAGUUUGACCAUUCAAUUUCAAACUUUAUCAGAUUCUUGGUCAACAUUAUUUGCAAUUGUUAUUUCAUUAAUCGACAAUAGUGAACAAAGAAUUAUUCAUUCAUAUGAACAAUUGACUUAUUUAUCUGUAAGAGAUUGUAAAAUUAAAUUUAAUAUUUAUUUAUUAUAUUCAAAUCGACCAAAAUCUCAAAUUCAGAAUUAUUCAAUACAUAUUGAUGUUUAUGAAAAAGUUUCAUUAGAUUAUCGAGCCAGUUUCUUCUAUCCAAUCAAAUUUUUAUUUUUACCAGUUCAUCAUCAAGCAUUGAUUACCAUUAUUUCAGGAUUGAAAGAAACGAUAAAAAGUUGUUCGAAUUUAAAAUGUAUUCAUGGUAAAUGUUUGAUUUAUUCGAAUAGUCAGGACAAUGCUACAUUUUGUCAGUGUGAUCCAGGAUGGUCCGGACAGUAUUGUACAAUAAAGUAUGAUUAUAAAUGCUCAUCUGAUUCAAAAUGUAUUGGUUUAUCGGCUCAUAAUCGAUCUAUAUGUAUCUGUCCAAUAAAUAAAUUUGGCUAUCAAUGUCUUCUUACUGAUCCUGUAUGUCAAAGAAAUAAUAAUUCAACAUGUCUGAAUGGUGGUAGAUGUAUUCCUGUUGAUGAAUAUGUAUCAUCACAACGAAAAUUUUACUGCAUUUGUCCAAAAGGUUACAUUGGUGAACGAUGUGAAAUACCUGAGAAGAAAAUAAUUAUUUCAUUAGAAAAAAAUCUUGCUGUAUCAGAAUUAAUAUUUAUUCAUUUCUUAGAAGUUAUUAAAGAUAUUACACCAAGAAGAUCAACUACUUUAAAAAUGAUGAUUGUUCGACAAGAUUCAUUAACAAUUUAUUGGUCUCAAAUAUUUCAUAUGACUUUUAUUGAAUUUGAAAAAAAAGUUUAUUAUUUAGCUGCUAUUGAACAAAUUUAUAAUUCAUCAACAACACUUGUUACAACAAUUAAAUCAUCUGAUCGUUGUCAACAUAUUACUGAAUUAUUUGAUAAAACAUUUGUUAAAAUGCAUAUUAUUCGUCGUAUUAAAUAUUAUCAUAUACCAUGUCAACAAUAUUCAUCUAAUCUUUCAUGUUUUUAUGAUGAUAUUUAUUUUUGUUAUUGUUAUAAUCUAGGAACACAACGUUUAGCAAAUUGUUUUGAAUUUAAUCAUACAAUGAAAUUUGAUUGUUUUGGUAAAAGUGUUUGUGAAAAUGGUGGUCAAUGUUUUCAAGAUAGUCUAACUUGUCCAAAACGAUCAACUUGUGUUUGUCAAUCAUGUUUUUAUGGAGCAAGAUGUCAAUUCAAUACAAAUGGAUUUGGCUUAUCACUUGAUGCUAUUAUAGGUUAUUAUAUUCAACCAAAUACUUCGAUUAUACAUCAAACGACGAUUGUGCAAGUUAGUUUAGCUUUAACUAUUAUAUUUAUGAUAAUAGGAUAUAUCAAUGGAAUUUUAUCUGUGAUGACAUUUAGUGAUAAAACAAUAUGUGAAGUUGGUUGUGGUUUAUAUUUAUUAGGUUCAUCAAUAACAACAUUACUUACAACAACAAUGUUUAUAUUUAAAUUUUGGAUACUUCUUCUUUCACAAAUGAAACUUAUUACAAAUCGUUCAUUUUUACAUAUUCAAUGUUUAUCUGUUGAUUUUCUCUUACGAAUUUUUCUUAAUAUGGAUCAAUGGUUAAAUGCUUGUGUUGCUAUUGAACGAGCAAUUACAAUUCUAAAAGCUACGAAUUUUCAAAAGAAGAAAAGUAAACAAAUGGCUAAAUUAAUUAUAAUUAUUCUUUUAAUUUUUAUUAUUUCUACAUGUAUUUAUGAUCCAAUUUAUCGACGUUUAAUUGAUGAUGAAAAUGAAGAUGAGAAUAGAAUUUGGUGUAUUGCUUCUUAUACAUCUGAUUUGCAAAAGUUCAAUUCUUUCAUACAUACAUUUCAUUUUUUAAUUCCAUUGACUAUUAAUCUAGUCUCAGUCGUGAUUCUCAUAUUAAAAAAAUCUCGUCAACAAGCAAGAUUUCAAAUUAAUCAGAACUACCUAGCAAUUAUCAAAAAACAGAUUCAAGAACAUAAACAUAUAAUUAUUGCUCCUAUUGUAUUAGUCAUACUUGGAAUACCACGUUUAAUCAUACCAUUUCUAUCAAAAUGUAUGAAUUCAACUGAUGAUGCGACAUUAUAUCUUACUGGUUAUUUUAUUUCAUUCAUUUCACCAAUGCUUACAUUUAUCAUGUUUGUACUUCCAUCGAAAUUUUACAGACAAAAACUUGGUAACACCUUCACACGUUUUAAGACAAAACUACAGCAGACUUUCUGA